AGGAGCCCCGCCCGCAUUCCUUUUUUUUUGCACCCGUCCGGGCUGUGUCAACGUGCAAGCGGGCUUGCACAAGCAGAUUGGCACAAGCGGGCGGCAGCCGGCCUGGGGAGGGAGCGGGGAUGGCCGCGACGGGGGUCUUGCCCUUUAUCAGGGGCGUGGACCUCAGCGGGAACGACUUUAAGGGCGGCUAUUUCCCAGAGCACGUGAAGUCUAUGACCAGCUUGCGAUGGCUGAAGCUGAACUGGACGGGCCUCUGUUAUUUGCCCGAGGAACUGUCUGCUCUACAGAAGCUGGAGCACCUCUCCGUCAGCCACAACAGCCUGACCACGCUCCAUGGAGAGCUCUCCGGCCUCCCUUGCCUCCGGGCCAUCGUGGCAAGAGCCAACUGCUUGAAGAACUCCGGCGUUCCCGACGACAUCUUCCAGCUGGACGAUCUUUCGGUGUUGGAUCUGAGCUACAACCAGCUGACUGAAUGUCCCCGGGAGCUGGAGAACGCCAAGAACAUGCUGGUGCUCAAUUUGAAACACAACAGCAUCGACAACAUCCCUAAUCAGCUGUUUAUAAACCUGACGGACCUGUUGUACCUCGACCUGAGUGAUAAUAAGCUGGAGAGCCUUCCCCCCCAGAUGCGGCGCCUGGUGCACCUCCAGACCUUGAUUCUGAAUAAUAAUCCACUGAUGCAUGCCCAGCUCAGGCAACUCCCAGCAAUGGUGGCUUUGCAAACUCUUCACCUCCGGAACACGCAACGGACUCAAAGCAACCUACCCACCAGUCUAGAAGGGUUAACCAACCUCACCGAUGUGGAUCUCUCCUGUAACGACUUGAGCCGGAUCCCCGAGUGCCUCUACACGCUGGCCGGCCUGCGGCGACUCAACCUGAGCAGCAACCAAAUUGCUGAGCUGUCCCUCUGCAUCGACCAGUGGACGCGGCUGGAGACCCUUAACCUGUCGCGGAACCAGCUCACCUCUCUGCCGUCAGCUAUCUGCAAGUUGACCAAGCUAAAGAAACUCUACUUGAAUUCCAAUCAGCUGGAUUUCGACGGUAUACCCUCGGGCAUCGGGAAAUUGGUGAACUUGGAGGAAUUCAUGGCGGCCAACAAUAACCUCGAGCUCAUCCCAGAAAGCCUCUGUCGGUGCACCAAGCUGAGGAAGAUGGUUUUGAACAAGAACCGCCUGGUUACCCUGCCUGAGGCUGUGCACUUCCUGACGGAUAUUGAGAUCCUGGAUGUCCGCGAGAACCCCAGCUUGGUGAUGCCUCCAAAGCCUGUAGACCGAAACUCUGAGUGGUAUAAUAUCGAUUUCUCUCUGCAAAACCAGCUCCGACUGGCUGGUGCCUCCCCGGCUACAGUGGCGGCCGCUGGAGCAGGGAGCAGCCCAAAGGAUCCCUUGGCUCGGAAGAUGCGCCUGAGGCGGCGCAAGGAUUCCACGCAGGACGACCAGGCUAAGCAGGUGCUGAAAGGAAUGUCAGAUGUGGCCCAGGAGAAGAAUAAGAAGAUGGAGGAGAACGGGGAUUUGAAGUACACCGAUCUAAAGACCCGGCGGUGGGAUCAGAAUUUGGAGAAACCACAGCUCAAUUACUCGGAGUUCUUCACCGAGGACGUGGGGCAGCUGCCGGGCGUCUCGGUCUGGCAGAUUGAGAAUUUCGUGCCCGUUAUGGUGGACGAGGCUUUCCACGGGAAGUUCUACGAGGCAGAUUGCUACAUUGUGCUGAAGACGUUGCUAGACGACAACGGUUCCUUGAACUGGGAGAUCUACUACUGGAUCGGCCAGGAAGCCACGCUCGACAAGAAAGCUUGCUCGGCCAUACACGCCGUCAACUUGCGCAACUACCUCGGAGCCGAGUGCAGGAGCAUCCGCGAGGAGAUGGGCGACGAGAGCGACGAAUUCAGCCAGGUUUUCGACCAUGAGAUCUCCUAUAUUGAAGGAGGCACGGCCAGUGGAUUCUUCACCGUGGAGGAUACACAAUAUACCACCAGGCUUUAUCGAGUGUAUGGCAAGAAGAACAUCAAAUUGGAACCAGUGCCUCUGAAGGCUGCAUCUCUGGACCCUCGUUUCGUCUUCCUGUUGGACCACGGCCUCGAUAUCUACAUCUGGAGGGGUGGUCAGGCCACCUUGAGUGGGACCACCAAAGCCAGACUCUUUGCGGAGAAAAUCAACAAAAACGAGCGGAAAGGGAAGGCGGAGCUUAUCCUCCUGAGCCAGACGCAGGAGACAGCCGAGUUCUGGGAUGUCCUCGGGGGCCAGCUGGAAGAGAUCAGGCCGAACGUCCCCGAUGACUUCAGGGCCCCCAGACCUAAGCUGUAUAAGGUUGGCUUAGGUCUGGGAUACUUGGAAUUGCCCCAGAUCAACUAUAAGCUCUCAGUGGAGCACAAGAAGAGGCCGAGCAUGGAUCUGCUCCCAGAGAUGAGACUGCUUCAGAGCUUGCUGGACACCAAGUCUGUCUACAUCCUGGACUGCUGGUCGGACGUUUUCAUCUGGAUUGGCCGCAAGUCCCCUCGCCUGGUGCGGGCGGCCGCCCUGAAGCUGGGCCAAGAGCUUUGCGGCAUGCUGCACCGGCCCAAGCACGCCAUGGUCAUCCGUAACUUGGAGGGCACAGAAUGCCAGGUCUUCAAGUCCAAAUUCAAGAACUGGGAUGACGUCUUGAAGGUUGACUACACCCGCAACGCCGAGGCGGUCCAGCAGGUCGCUGGGCUCUCCAGCAAAGUGCAGAAGGACGCAGAGAAGAAGGAUCAGAUGAAGGCUGACCUUACAGCUCUGUUCCUGCCCCGGCAGCCCUCGAUGCCGCUCAGUGAGGCAGAACAACUCAUGGAAGAAUGGAACGAAGACUUGGAUGGCAUGGAAGGUUUUGUGCUGGAAGGCAAGAAAUUUGCUCGCCUGCCAGAGGAGGAAUUUGGGCACUUUCACACCCAGGACUGCUACGUCUUCUUGUGCCGGUACUGGGUGCCUGUGGAGACGGAGGAAGAGGAGGAGAAGAAGAAGAAGAAGGGGAACGGGAUGAAAGGUGCCGCGGAAGGGGAGGAGGCGGCCGAGGAGGAAGAGGAGGAGGAAGAGGAGAAGCAGCCGGAGGAGGAUUUCCAGUGCGUGGUGUACUUCUGGCAGGGGCGGGAAGCCUCCAACAUGGGUUGGCUGACCUUCACCUUCAGUCUCCAGAAGAAGUUUGAGAGCCUCUUUCCCGGCAAGCUAGAGGUUGUCCGCAUGACGCAACAGCAGGAGAAUCCCAAGUUCCUCUCCCACUUCAAGCGGAAGUUCAUCAUCCACAAGGGGAAGAGGAAAGCCCGGGACGCAAGCCUCCAGCCCAGCCUCUACCACAUCCGGACCAACGGAAGCGCUCUCUGUUCCCGGUGCAUCCAAAUCAACACAGAUUCCAGUCUUCUGAACUCAGAAUUUUGCUUUGUCCUGAAGGUACCCUUUGAGAGCACCGACAACCAGGGCAUCGUCUACACUUGGGUCGGGCGAGCCGCCGACCCCGACGAAGCCAAGCUGGCCGAAGACAUUAUGAACCACAUGUUUGAUGAUUCCUACAGCAAGCAGGUGAUUAAUGAAGGAGAAGAGCCGGAAAACUUCUUCUGGGUCGGCAUCGGAAUGCAGAAGCCGUAUGACGGGGAUGCAGAGUACAUGAAAUACUCCCGGCUCUUCAGGUGCUCCAACGAAAAGGGCUAUUUUGCUGUGUCUGAAAAAUGCUCCGACUUCUGCCAAGACGACCUGGCGGACGAUGAUAUCAUGUUGUUGGACAACGGGCGGGAGGUGUAUAUGUGGGUUGGAACGCAAACUAGCCAAGUGGAGAUCAAACUCAGCCUUAAAGCUUGCCAGGUUUACAUCCAACACCUACGCUCCAAAGACGCAACCCACCCCCGAAAGCUCCGCCUGGUCCGGAAAGGGAACGAGCCGCCCGCCUUCACCCGCUGCUUCCACGCCUGGAGCGUCUUCCGCAAGCCUCCAGCCUAGUGUGGCCGGGCGGAAGGGGGGGGGGUGUGCAACACGGGGAAACCAGUUUAUUUAAAACACAGGUUAGACACAGGUAGGAGGCGGAGCGAACCCUGGCCCCUCCCCCUCGAAAGGAAACCAUCUUUUUAAAAUUGCUGCCGAGUCCUUUCGUAUAAAAGCCAAAUAUUCCCAAGCACUUUUGCUUGGUGCAAGUCUAGUGCCUGGGAUUUUUUUUUCACAAAGGCAUUUAAAGCGGGGAGGGGGGUUGGGCAGGGAUCCGCUCCCAAUUAGCUCCACAAACUUUUAUAUAGAUAUUUAAAAGUUAGGCUUCCGUUCUGCACAGAACACCGUUUUGGCUUCGGUUUCUCCACGCAACAGCCUUGCUUUGCCCGGGGGUUGAAAUGGGAUGAUUUGUUCCAGAGAAAGCAUAGCAGGUUCCCACACAGAAAAUUUCCACGCCCCCCCCCCUUCCCCUGUGAAAGUCAGUAUAUGCCCUUGUGUGCCGUGGGGUGUGUUUGGAGGGUGUGUAUGAUUUGAUUGCAUUACUGUAGAGGUCAAAAAGGAAACAGAAAACGGGUUGAUGUUUUUAAAGGUGUUUAAAGCGCGUCGUUCUCAUUGAAGGGGCUGCUCGAAAAUGCCUCGUUUCGAAAACGGCAACAUCAACCCAGUCCCAUGAACCCUGGUCAUACACAGAGCUGAGAUUAAUGAGGGAAACGUAGUUACAGUUGUGGGGAUGUCUUUACAAUUUGGGGAAAGCAGGUCGUCUCCCUAUCAAAAGUUGAGAUUUCCUUUAUUACGAAGCCCGGUGUGAAACAUAUCAUGUCGUCGGCCCUUGUGAUCUCUCUGCUCGUCAUUCUUGACAGUCUGGUGCCACACGGAUCAAUAGGAAAAAGAAACCCCCGUGGCCUGUUACUGUACAAAUGCCUGCACAGGUGGGCAUCUACCGAUAGAAGAAGGGAGAGCUGGGGAGGGGUCUUCCCUUAGCUCCUCUCUGAGCAAGGGGGCGGGGGGGGGGGCAGACCCCUUUCCCCUUGCAAAUUUGCUAGACUGCAGACGUCACCCUGGAAAUUAGUACCUCUGCCUUGCGCCAGUUAGCUGUAGAAUAAAUAGAAUUUGAGAAUCUCUAUGGUGAAGACUAGACCGGCUCUUUGGAUGGGCAAAAUAACUCCCCCCCCCCUUUGGGGGGGGGGUCAUUCCCACUGUGGGGAACGUCCCCUCUGACCUGCUCUUGUGGCAACAAAGUAUUUUUGCAAGAAUUUACCUCACCGCGGUGGCGGCCACCCGCUCUGUUAGCGGGACUGGGAGCUUUUGUAUCACACCAAUAAAAUGCAAUCUUUACUGAA